UUUGUCGUUGAUAAACCUCUAAAACAAAAAAAAAAAGAAACUCGUGAAUUACGCUUUUCAUUGUCAAGCAUGAGAUAAAUAUCUUCCGUGGAAAAUUGUAGAUAUCCCAAUCCUUGAUCUGCCGAUCGAAAGGCACUAACUUUCCGACGACCCAUUGCUCCACCUUCCUUGAUCUCAUCUGGGUUGUUUGAGAUUCCCAGUUUUUUUUUUGUUGUAUGAUUAAAAAUGAGGAAUCCGCAUAGCAAUGGAAACCUGGAAGAAGAAGAAGGAAGAGGAGAAGCAGCGGUGGAGAACGGCUUCGGAGAUGGCCUCAUCUUGGGCCUCGACGGUGGCGCCACCUCAACUGUCUGCGUCUGCGUGCCGUUUUUCCCCUACGGAGAUCGUUUCCCCGAGCCUCUUCCGAUCCUCGGUCGAGCCGUCGCCGGCUGCACCAAUCGCAAUAGCGUAGGAGCAAAUAUGUUUGGUUAUGCUUGUUUGUGGGGCACCACUUUGAUUGAUUCUACCUUUUUUUUAAAGUCAGUACAUUUAUCUACUGCGUAUGCAGAGACUGCAGCGAGAGAUUCACUAGAGCAAGUUAUUUCUGAGGCGCUUGUAGAGUCCGGUUCAGAUAAGUCACAUGUCCGUGGUGUGUGCUUAGGUGUUUCUGGUGUUAAUCAUCCCUCCGACCAGGAUAUGAUUCAGAAUUGGAUUAGGGACAUGUUCCCUAGUCAUGUCAAGGUAUAUGUUCAGAAUGAUGCUAUAGUGGCUUUAGCUAGUGGGACAAUGGGAAAGCUUCAUGGAUGUGUUUUGAUAGCCGGUACUGGAUGUAUAGCCUAUGGCUUUGAUGAAGAUGGUAGGGAGGCUAGAGCUUCUGGUGCUGGACCUAUCUUAGGUGAUUGGGGAAGUGGCUAUGGGAUAUCUGCACAAGCCUUAACGGCGGUGAUUAGAGCUCAUGAUGGUCGUGGUCCAGAAACGAUGCUCACAAGUACCAUCUUAAAAGCGCUUGGACUUUCCUCUCCUGAUGAACUCAUCGGGUGGACGUACGCUGAUCCAUCUUGGGCACGUAUUGCUGCUCUUGUUCCUCAAGUAGUCUCCUGUGCAGAAGCUGGUGACGAAAUUUCGGAUAAGAUCUUGGUUGAUGCAGCUGAUGAUUUAGCUCUAAGUGUAAAAGCUGUUGUUCAGAGACUUGGUUUAUGUGGCAAAGAUGGAAAAGCUUGUUUCCCGGUUGUAAUGGUGGGCGGUGUCCUAAACGCUAAUAUGAAAUGGGAUAUUGGAAAAGAAGUCUCAAAGCGUAUCAACCAACACUUUCCUGGCGCUCAAACCAUCAUACCAAAGGUAGAGCCAGCUGUUGGAGCUGCAUUGUUGGCCAUGAAUUUCUUAACUGUCAAAAUCGAUGUUUCUUGAAUCUUUUUUAGCACAUGCCACCCAUAGUGAUCUAUUUUUCUCUUGUUUUGGUACAUAUGUACAAUAUACAACACACUAAAAUCUCAAUGUCAAAGCCCAAUUCUUGUUA